AUGAGCGACCCGGCCGAACUGCAGGCCAAGAUCAUUGCACUCCAGGGCCGAAUCAACAAGCGCAAACAGCAUCAUCCCACCCAAUGCGGCGGUCGUCACUUCGCGCAAGAUGCGACUCGCGGCAAUGCUCGCUGGGCACCAUUUGACAGAGGAGGUAGACCGCGACAUCACCAAACCCACAAGAACCGUGUCCUUGUGCUUGGAGGUGGCCAACCUACAGGAGCAGUCGACCGCGAGUCUGCGCCGUCCACACCAGCCAGCCAGGCGCUCAUUUCAGGACAAGCAGCGGCAAUGGGGCAACCUCAUCCAGUGACCUCGUCCGCUCAAGAGCAAAAGCAACUCCAACCUAACCCCUACCCCUCUACCCGUCCGAACCCCGCUACUUCGAUUCCUCCAAUACCCACCAAGGCAGCAGCAGAGCCCGCUCGUGAACUCGUCAUCGAUGGGAUUCGAUUUCAGAUACACGCAGGUGGCAGCAAACUGAUUCGUAUCACCGACUCGGCGACCGCCGCGAAGAAGACACCCAAGAUAGCGAAGGUUGCAGACGUACAGUUCCUCCGCACGAAACACGGUAAUCUGAUACGCGCUGCUCCUGGCAAGAAGAGGUAUUGUGGAAAGGAUGGCCUGUACAUGGAAGAUUUGGACUUACCUGAACGCCAUCGCAGUCGCCUCCAAGUUCCGCAAUGCGAGAAUUUCACGAAGCACGGUACUUGUUCUUUCGGCCCAGCCUGCCGAUUCACCCACGAUCCCACGAAAGUCGCCAUUUGCAAAGACUUCAUGCGCACGGGCGCUUGCAAAGCUGGACGCAGUUGCGACUUGUCCCACGAACCGACCUACCACCGUGUGCCGGCGUGCACCCAUUUCCUUCGCGGCAACUGCACCAACAGUGCAUGCCGCUAUCCCCAUGUCAAUGUUUCCCCUGCCGCUUCCGUUUGCCGUCCUUUCGCUACCCUGGGCUUUUGCUCCAAGGGCGCUGAUUGUGAGAAACGUCAUGUUGUCGAGUGCCCUGACUAUGCCAACCAUGGUCGCUGCGCGAAUCGUGAGAAGAAUGCUUGCAAUCUUCCACACAUCGAUCGCGCCGGCGCUCUGCGCAAAGCCGCUGAGCGUCAAGCCAAGACCGGCUCUGAAGAUGAUUCCGAUGUCUCGAGCAGCGAUGACGACAAGAAUGAGGGUGAUUCAGAUGUCGCGGAGGACAUCGACAUGGACGACGACAGUCACGAGCUUUCGCAACAACAGGAUUUCAUUGCCUUUUCUUAG